AUGAUAGUUCGAUCGUUGGCAUUUUCAAAUGACUCUAAUUACCUCGUGAGCGUUUCCGAUGAUUCCUACGUCAAGGUUUAUGAUUUGCGCGAAAAAAAAGACACUGAAACGGAUCGUCGCUUCAACACUAUAAAUUUUUCCGGUCACUGUUCUUGGGUUCUCAAUGCCACUUUUGCUCCAGACAAUAAUCAUUUUGCAACAGGUUCAGCAGAUAAAACCGUGAAGAUAUGGAAUGUUGAGUCACCCGAAUGCAUUCACACUUUUACUAAUCAUAAAGAUCAAGUAUGGGGAGUAAAGUACAGUCCUUGUGGUAAUUUUUUGGCUUCAGUGUCGGAAGACAAGUCUAUUUGUAUCUAUCAAGUGGUGGACGAUGUCAAAUUGGGCAACGGACUCGACAACUUAGACAGCGGUGCCAACAUCGAAAUCAUUGACGGUGACCAUCUAAGUGACGCUGAAAAUGUACAAAGUCCAGAAAUCGAUCAGCUGCCAGAAAUUCUUUUAAGUCCAGAACAUCGUAAAGCAACAGAUGAAGAACUGGCUCUACCGGGGUCUAAUGAGGAUUCGCCAGUCGAUGGAAGUCCCGAUGUUGCUUUAAGUCCAGGCCGAGUUGAGGAAGUCGAUCAAAGGGGAGCUGAUGAAGACCCUCAAAGUCCUGAAGCUUCUUCAAGUCCAGGAAAUCUUCUAGUUCUACCUGAUGAAGCCCCUGCGAGCGUAGAGAGCCCGGAUUACGCAUCGAGUCCGGAUAGCAGUGAAGCUCGACUUGCUUUAGAAAACGAAGGUGGUAACGAAGCUGAAAUGAGAACUCCUGAAUGA